AUGAGAAAAAAUGAGGGAAAGAGAAAGAGCAAAUUUUCAGAAAAUGAGAAUGAAUUGUCAAAGAUAAUUAGAAGAGAUCAUUGCGAGUCAAAAAAAAUAUGCCAAAUGAGUAAAGAAAAAGCGCUAUAUGAACAGAAGGGGGACCAAAGACCAAACGAUACCCGUUAUCGUCUUUCUAACCGACCUAAUGAUGGUUGUUAUUGGGUAGCAAAAGGUUUUAAUAUUUUCACAAAGAAAGAGAAGGAAACAAAGGGACAAAAAGAGGGAGAGAAAGAGGGAGAGAGAAAAGGAAGGAAGAAGGAAAAGAGGCGACAAAUAAUGAGUAAUAAAACGAACAAACGCAUCGUUUAUAUUUGA